AAAGAAAAGGAAUGCAAUCUCUUUCUCGUCGCUGAUCAAUCCUAUCUGAUUGGUUUUGUUGGUGAAAAUCCCUAGCAAUUAAUCAAGUAGCAAAUUAAGCAAGAGCAAGUGAAGAAGAAUGAAUGACGGAGAUGUGUCGAGGCAAAUCCAGCAGAUGGUCAGAUUCAUCCGCCAGGAGGCUGAGGAGAAAGCCAACGAGAUAUCUGUCUCUGCUGAAGAGGAAUUUAACAUCGAGAAGCUGCAAAUAGUUGAAGUUGAAAGGAGAAAGAUCAAACAAGAGUAUGAGCGCAAGGCAAAGCAGGUGGAAGUCCGGAAGAAAAUCCAGUACUCAAUGCAACUGAACGCGUCGCGCUUAAAAGUUCUUCAAGCACAGGAUGAUUUGGUGAAUUCCAUAAAAGAAUCGGCCAGGAAGGAGCUUCUGCGUCUCUCUAAUGACAAAAGGGGAUAUAAAAAACUCCUCAAAGCUUUGAUUGUUCAGAGUCUGGUGAGGCUGAGGGAGGUAGCAGUUUUGCUGCGGUGCAGAGAGGUUGAUCGCAAGGUCGUUGAGUCUGUCUUAGAAGAAGCAAAACGGGAGUACGCUGAAAAACUCAAAGUACAACCCCCUAAAAUUACCAUCGACAACGUUUACCUUCCACCCCCUCCCUCUAAUGCAGAUUCCCAUGACCCUUACUGCUCGGGCGGAGUUGUGUUGGCUUCAGAAGAUGGGAAGAUAGUGUGCGAGAAUACUUUAGAUGCACGCCUGGAUGUUGCUUUCAGACAGAAACUACCAGAGAUUCGAAGGCGUCUGGUGGGACAAGUGGGUGCUUGACCAAUCUCUAUCCUUUGUGUUUGUCUCUUACUAUAAAUCACUCAAGCAGACUCACAACUUAAUUCAGCCUUUGUGUAUUUUUCUGAAAGUGGUAUUAAUUACUCUCUCCAUCUGUUUGUCAAUUUGAGAUAAAUGUACUCUGCAAAUAAUUUUGGAGUAACCUUUAGCUGCCUUGUUUAAUUAAGUUUUAAUGUAUGGUAUACGUUUGACCUAAUU